AUGCCUAACGACAUCAAGGACACGAAGGCCAUGGAGACCAAAGUCGAACGGUACGAGGUCGCUUCAGAUGGCGAGACAGGUAUCGUGAAGCCGAUUCAGGAGUCUGCGGCGAUGGGCACAGUGACCAUCACCGACUUGAACGAGAUUUUCUUGAUCCCAGCUCCUAACCCAUUGAAUCUCCUGGGUCUCGCGCUCGUAUCAGGAUUUGGUGGUCUCCUGACUUGGUACAUUCCUAUCUAUGCAGCAGCUGGAGCUACGUAUGCCGAUAUUACCGCACUGAUGACCUACCCUUCGAUGUUCAUGGGUGUUGGAAAUCUGAUCUGUAUGCCGCUGGCUCUCGCUAUCGGAAGACGUCCUGUCUAUCUUUUGUCGCUGCUGAUCUUGAUUGGCUCCGCGGUCUGGGCUGCUUAUGCCAGGAACUACAACGAACAUCUUGGAGCAAGAAUGCUCCUCGGGUUUGCUGCUGGACAGAGCGAGGCACUGGUGCCCAUGAUGAUCCAGGAAAUUCAUUUUGUGCACGAGCGAAGUACCUUCCUGAUGUGGCAAUCUGCAACCCAGACAGUAUUAGCAGCUGUGUACGUGAUAUGUGCAUCUCCGAUUGCUGGGGCGAUCGGACCAGCCAACUGGUACAUCCUUGGAGCCGGACUUUGUGCAGCCACACUGGUCGCAUCUAUUUUCUGGGUUCCGGAGAGUAGGUAUGACCGCUCUUUGACUGCCUAUGGACAGUUCUCUGCCGAAGAAGGAGGCGAGCUUAAUGAAUCCCGGGCAACUGCCCCGCACCCAGUCAAGCUGUCCGAGAGGCCUGCUUUGGACACGACAAGAUUCCUUCCCCGUACCAUCUGGUCAGAUAUGCGACUAUUCGACGGCAAGGCGGACUGGAUGGAAGGUGUCUACGGCUUCAUCAACACAUUCCAAGUCAUGUUGUUCCCCAACGUGCUCUGGGCAUUUUGCCUCAAUGGCCUGACCAUUGGUGUCAACAUCGCUAUUGGAACGACAUAUGGCAACAUAGUGCACGCACCUCCAUACAACUGGUCUGACAGCUCCAUCUCAUACGUCAAUGCUGGGCAGAUUGUGGUUGCUUUCGUGGCACUUCCCCUCCUAGGAAACGGUAGCGAUGCCAUUAUCCGAUGGCGGGCUAGGCGCAACGGUGGCGUGCACGAGCCUGAAAAUCGCCUGCUACUGCUCUGGAUCCCUCUGCUCUGUGGAUGUAUUGCCGCCACACUAUAUGGUCUGGCUGCGCAAAGUCCGGGAAAGUACCACUGGUUCGUCUUUGUCUUCGCCAACGCAGCGUACUACUUCGCGUUCGUCGGCGCCAACAUCGCUGCAAUUACGUACUUGCUUGAUUCCUAUCCAGCAAGAGCAGGACCUAUCCUUGUAGUCAUUACAGCUUUCCGAGGUUUCGUCUCCUUCGGUACAAGCUAUGGUGUUGCCAAGUUUAUUGAGACUGAUGGGUUUAAUGGCACAUUCGGGACAUACGCAGGUCUGACGGCCUUGUUUGGCUUGAUGGGCAUUCCUAUCUUCUUGUAUGGCAAGAAGAUCAGGGCCUUCACCGGUCGAUGGGCUAUGAAGAAGGCAUCUGGCCACCCCUCGAUGUCGCAUUGA